AUGCUAGUCACUAUCUUCCUGCUAGCUGCAGCCGUCGCUGCAUCCUCUUGCCCUACUGGGACCCCAGCUCUGGACACUUACAGCGGAGGUUUCAACUAUACUUACAGCUAUCCAAUACACUUCCAUACACUGCACACUCAACAUCAGACCCUUUGUCAGGCUUACAUGGACGUGGCGCCCUCCAAGGACGUUGGCAGUGACGUCAAAACUAUCCUCUUACUUCACGGCAAAAAUUUCUGCUCUGAGACCUGGUCUGCCACUGCUUCGGUUCUCGCCAGCAACGGCUACCGCGUCAUAGUUCCAGAGCAGAUCGGCUUCUGCAAAUCAUCCAAGCCUUCGGCGUACCAAUACACCUUUCAGCAACUUGCGCUGAAUACUAAAUCUAUUCUCGAUGCUCUCAAUACCUCGUCGCUGACAGUCAUGGGUCACAGCAUGGGCGGAAUGCUCGCGGCUCGUUUUGCACUGACCUACCCCUCAUAUGUGGAGCGGCUCGUUAUGGUAGACCCCCUCGGACUGGAGGAUUGGAAGGCCAAAGGCGUCCCUUACUUGUCAGUUGAUGAGAUUUAUAAAACCGAGGCAGCCUCCAACUAUACCUCCAUUUCAAGCUACGAGAACGCGACGUACUACAACGGGCAUUGGCGUCCCGAAUAUGACACAUGGGUAGACAUGCUGCUUCGGGUGUACGACGGUGCUGAGGGCGAUAAUUUCGCGUUCGAUCAGGCGCUUGUCACUGAUAUGGUGAUCACGCAGCCUAUCAUCUACGAAUUCCCUCAGCUGGGCAAAGUUCCACAUUCACUGCUCAUGGUGGGCGAUAAGGACACCACUGCCAUUGGGAAGCAGUGGUCGCCGCCUGAAGUGCAGAAGAUCCUGGGUCACUACGAUGUGUUGGGCCCAGAAGCGGUCACGGCGAUCGGGGGAAAUUGCACGUACAUCCAUUACCCAGAUCUGGGUCAUGCUCCGCACAUAAGCGAUCCGGAACAGUUCUACGAAGAUUUGCUAGGCUGGCUGCAAGCAGCAGCCUGA